AUGAUGGAGGAUGGAGAAAGUGACGAUGACGGGACAUUCACGAACUCCGAUAGUUUCAUGGAGCGGAUUAUUCUCCACGUCUACGAUGACGAGUCGAAAGAGUUUAGCUCACUAACUACCUACCAUGGAAUGAGCGGGAUGAUGCUUUUCUUCUAUCAGUCUCAUCCAACAUUUUUCAAAACCACUGAUAGUUUACUUACUGAGGAACAUCUGCCUGCAGUAACACUAUGCAAAUUGGGCGGAGCCGAUCGAUGGCGGAAAUACCCAGUAAUCAAGUCAAAAAGCGAAUUGCUGUCUUCAUUUGAUGCUGCCAUCCUUGGUGAAUCCUUGGAUUUCAACGACAUUGUGAACCUACAAAGGCUUGAGGAUAUGUUCAUGAACACCACGGGAGAAGGGUUCAACGUACGGCAGUUUCUUGAGGAAUCAAGGGUCCGAUGCGAAGAUUUUGUAAAAUCUGUGCGGGUCGCUGAUCGGCAACUGAGGAGUCACUGUGGAAAGGCGAAAUGGUCCCUUACAGAUUAUGGUUAUUGUACGACUUUUUCGUUGUGGAAUACGUCCGUCGCACACUCUAUAAGCAUAGACGUGAAAACGCUCCUCGACACUGGUAACUGGGGCGACUGUACUAGAGGUGGUGGAUCCAUUGUUUCUUCCUAUGACAGAGCAGAUUGUGAAAGGGAUUGCAUAGUUGAACAAUUCAUAAGAAGGUGUGGAUGUGCGCCAUUCUUCGCGGAGAGUUCGUACGUGAGGACAUGUAGUCUCGUGGAAAUGGGCAUAUGUGGCCGUCAAGUAGAAUGCGAGCGACUCGAUUAUUCGAAUGCCAUGGUCAGCUACCGCAAGAAGAAUCGGCAGAGCUACUCGACUAUUGAGAUUUUCGUACGAUCGCGGCGUCUACAGACAGAUCAGCAGAUGAAACGAAUCAAAGCCGUAGACCUCCUUAGUUACGUCGCCGGCAGUAUGGGCCUGUUCCUUGGCAUGAGUUGUGUCACUCUACUUGAAAUUUUCAUAUAUCUGUUCAAAAGCGUGUGGGGUGUUUUCAAUGAUCAGAGACAUAAGUCUUAUUAUCUAGACAAUUUUCUCGGAGAUGAUGAGAACAAUGAUGAAACUUCAGAUGAAGAGAUAUUCAUUAUUACGAAAACACGCAGGAGCACUGAUAAAGCCUCUGCAGUCGUCGAGGACCACGAAAGCAAUGAUGUGUCAGAAGAAACCCUGGAGAGAAUCAAUACAUCUGGUGCUCCUGUAGUUGGACAAUCGAUUGUUUUUGAUCGGGUAAAUCAAGAACCUUCUGGUCCCACCCAACAUGAUCACCACAGUUCUCGUGUGAAGAUACAAAUCGUACAUCACCCAUUCGAACGGCGAAGAUCUUCAUUUGCUAUUCAGUAG